AUGAUCACCAAUCAGAUGAGCUUCCAACAAUGAUUGAUCAAGGGUCCUCGCCAUAGUUGAUCAUUUACUUUUUUGGUCCAUUUGAUCCAUGAAAUGAUUAAUCUAAUCAGAUCAAAACCGUGCAACGAUCGACUAAGUGACACCUAGCAUAAUUGAUCAUUUAUUUGAUCACUAUGUAAAUGGGGAAGAGAGAGAGAGUCUCACCUUUCAUUCUAUUUAAUCUCAAUUAGUAUCAUAGUAUAGAUAUGUGUCAUAAGCAUGAGAGUAUAAUGCCUAAUGGAUUUGUAUUUAAUGGGGUUCGGAGGAAUGCAUGCUAAAAAAAAUAUAUUUGACGGGGUACCGAUUUGGUUUGACAAAAUUUUUUACCUAUCCCGGAUUGGAUAUAUGAGACCAUAUCAGGGACAUAGCCGUUGCCCCCUUGAAAAAUUUCAAACCCCUAGACUCAACUGGAUCGAAGUAACGAAUCACAGAGCUAAAAUUAAUGCCAGCCUUCUCUAAAAUCCGGACUCUCCUCCACUCUUUUAAGCCUUUCCCUCCACCCCUGGUUCGCCCACUCCGCGUCCACUCGCUCUCUCCCCGGGAGGUAUUCAACCACAACCUCCGUAUCGGAGCGCUGGGCCGUGCCGCGAGGCUCGAAGCUGCCCGGCAACUCUUCGACCAAAUGCCCAACCGAGAUGUUGUCUCAUGGAAUGCAAUCCUCACUGCAUACUGGCAGAACCACGACAUGGAGGAGUCGAAGCGGCUAUUCGAUUCGAUGCCCGAGAGGAACAUCGUCUCCUGGAAUUCCAUGAUUACCGGCUGCCUCGAGAAUGGGAAGCCCGAUGAGGCUUUCGGGUACUUCGUGAAGAUGCCUGAGACGAACGUAGCUUCCUGGAAUGCGAUGAUCUCUGGCUUCGUAAGGUAUGAUCGGUUCGAGGAAGCUGAGAGGUUGUUUCAGGAGAUGCCCGUGAAGAAUGUGAUUUCUUAUACCGCAAUGCUUGAUGGGUUUGCUCGGAAAGGGGAGAUUGAGAAAGCUCGUGAUCUGUUUGAUAAGAUGCCGAAGAAGAAUGUAGUUUCCUGGGCUGCGAUGAUAAGUGGGUAUGUGGAAAAUGGAAUGUUUGAGGAGGCGAGGAGUCUGUUUGACCUAAUGCCUGAGAAGAAUGUGGUGGCGUUCACAGCAAUGAUCACGGGGUACUGUAGGGAGGGGAAUGUGGAGAAGGCGAGGAGUAUUUUUGAUGGGAUUCAGCAUAAGGAUCUCAUUUCGUGGAAUGCCAUGAUAGCUGGAUAUGUGCAUAAUGGGAAUAGUGAGGAAGCACUGAAACUUCACAUCACAAUGCUGGAAUUGGGCAUGAAACCAGAUCAUGCAACGCUUAUUGCUGUACUGACAGCAUGUUCUGCUCUUGCAUUGCUACAACGAGGAAUGCAAAUUCAUGCAGUUGCCAUCAAAACCAAGCUGGAAUCUAACACAUCACUGAGUAAUGCUUUGAUAACCAUGUAUAGUAAAUGUGGUAGCAUUGGGGAAUCAGAGUUAGUCUUUCAAGAGUUCAAAAACCGAGACUUGGUCUCCUGGAACACCAUGAUUGCAGCAUACGCACAGCAUGGGCAGUAUCAGAAAGUUCUUGCUUUAUUCUUUGACAUGGAAUCAAAUGGGUUUACACCAAAUGGCAUUUCAUUUCUUAGUCUCUUGUCCGUGUGUGGGCAUGUAGGUAAGGUGGAUGAGAGUAUAACUUGGUUCAAUUUAAUGGUUUCCAGAUAUGGAGUAUGUCCAAGGGCUGAACAUUAUGCUUGCCUUGUGGAUAUACUAAGUCGAGGAGGACAAUUAAAGAAAGCUUGUGAUUACAUCAGAGAGAUGCCAUUUGAAGCAGAGAGUACUGUUUGGGGUGCUUUGCUGGGGGCAUGCCAAAUGUAUUCGAGUAUAGAGUUAGGGGAAUUGGCUGCUAAGAAACUUGUCCAAUUGGAUUCCCAAAACUCAGGGGCCUAUGUGAUGUUAUCAAACAUGUAUGCUGCAGCUGGCAUGUGGAAGGAAGUUACUAGGGUGAGGAUUUUGAUGAAGGAAAAAGGAGUAAAAAAACAACCAGGGUACAGUUGGACUGAGAUUGGUGACAGAGUGCAUGUGUUUUUGGUGGGUGAUGCAUCACAUCCAGAUAUUGGUCAGAUUCUUUCUGAGCUUGGAAGGAUUUGCUUGCACAUGAAAUUUCUCGAUGAUGAAGCUGACAUUGUACAUUAGAGUUGAUUCAUUUAUAAGGAUAUUAGCUUUUCCUCAAGUAUAGGCAUCCUCUUAUGCUUCUUUGCUCCCGAGAGUUACCUUAUAAUACUUCAAGUUAAAUUCCAUACAGUGGUCACAGAAUGAUGCUAACUUAUAUUGUCAUAUUUUUGCGAUCUGACAGUGCAGCCAACAAAGUAAAAUAUUUCGUCAGGUAUAAAGGUGUGCCAUAUCUUUCUUAUUGUUCUGACUGAAAUAAGAGAUUUCUUUUCCUGUUUGGACUGACAUCUAGUCAGCAAAAAUUUGAAGACCCAGUCUACAAAGAAAGAUUAGCUCUUUAAAACUUCAGGCAGGGUCAUUAAACUUCAAAUGUUGGCUUUAUAGCAUGAAAGAGCUUCGAAGCUUAAGAGACUACGCCAAGAGCUACUUAGUUUUCAGUGUUGGAACAUCAAGAUGGUGCCAUCGAUUGAAUGGUAAACUUUGUUGAAGUUGCAUUUUAAGCCUCAAGAGCAGUUGUUAUAGGAAAGAUCAACAAAUUGGAUGAUGGUCACAGGCUCAAGUUCAGCAGAAACAGAGACUAACAGAAAAUGGUAAGCUUGGUUACUGAGCUCGAUGCAAAAAAAACAUACCCUCAAAUUAAACACCAAGGAAAGCAGAAAUUCUGGUAGGAAGCCCGAUUUCAUACGUUCAAACUUCAGCUAUGCAUUAUUCCCAUGAAUUCUCUCUCCUUGUAAAAACUUACUAUAUGGAGACUGCUGAUGCUAGUUUGAAGCUUGAGCAGAAAAGCAGAUGAGUAAAUUCUGGUAGGAAACCAGAUUCCAAAGAAUAGGAAACCGAGUAGUUUCAUGAUAUGUAUUUUAGUUUGAACAUACUGCACAUUGAAAGAAACAAAUAAUGAAGAAAGAGACCUGCAGUCAGCUCCAAAUAGACGGGAUAAAGCUUGUUGGUUAAGUUGACCCUAUUAUAUACUAGAGAAAGAGUGGUAUCAAGGAUUCAGAUCCUAGAAGGACGUUCCGUGGGAUACCGGAAUGGAGUAUCAUCUCAUAUGUUGGGACCGUGCAUCUUGCUAAUGUCUCAGCGUCCCAAUCAGGAUAUCUUGGGACAUACUCUAUCUCAAGUAUCAGAAUGGGGCGGGACGGUGGCGCAUCUCAUUCCAUAGAAAAAUCGGGACAGCCCUAUCCCACGGGAUGUAAAACCUUGAGAGGUAUUAUAUUUGUUGCAACUUAACCAUGAGGCUCAUGGUACCAGAGCGGGGGAAAUUGUAGUAUAGCAAAAUUCUUCCUCUCUUUCAUUCUGUUUUUAAAGUUGCAGCAUCCGAUUUAGAACUUCAUGCCAUGGACAGUUCAUAGAGUUUUUAGUAAUUCUGUCAUCAUAUUUUAAGGGAGGUAAUUGAACUGAUUUGUUUUGGCUAUUAUAUACUAGGACUGAUAUUCUGUUAUUUGCGCCACCACCACCACCACACACACAUUCUUAUUUUUCACAGGAUAUACUUGAAAUAUGCAUUUCGCUGAGACUGUGGAACCAUUGAUUGGAAUGAUGUCACUGUUAUUAAGGAUGUCUAAAACUAACUUCAUCAACAAUGUUCCACACACAUGCACCCGCACCCACACCCACACAUUCUUAUUUUUCACGGGAUAUAUUCGUAAUAUGCAUUUCAAGGACAUGCUCAGACUGCAGCACCAUUGAUCGGACAUGACAUCAUUGUUAUUAAGGAUGUUUAAAACUAACUUCGUCAACAAUGUUCCCCACAUUGA